CGGCAUUCUUCCAUCACAGCUAUUUAACUAACCAAAACCCGUUACCAUCACCGUCUUGGCUUCACAAACUCAAAAUAAAAUAUUGACACAGCGAACUGUGACGAAAAUACUCCCACAGUUCAAACAUACACACACUCACCUUACCUGUUUCACCUCUUUUCUCACUUCAAACAUUUCCUCACCAGCAACAUGGCCUCAAAUCUCGUCCUUGGCAGCACCGGUCUUGUAGGCUCAAACAUCCUCGCGACGCUGCUGACCGACAGCUCGAUCAGCGCAGUGCACACUAUCUCACGUCGGGCACCCAAAUCGACCGGCCCAACACUGCACGCGACCAUCGAAGCCGACACCACCCAAUGGGCCGCGAAGCUUGCGGGCAUCAAGCCCACCCCAUCAACAGCCUUCUCCGGGCUGGGCACAACCCGUGCCCAGGCGGGCGGCAUCGCCAACCAGUGGAAGAUUGACCACGACCUGAACGUCGAGCUCGCACGGGCCGCGAAGGAGGCCGGCGUGCGCAGCUUUGUAUUCAUUUCCAGCACGGGAUCGGACGGUCUGCUCGCCAACUGGCUGCCGUAUAGCAAGAUGAAGAAAGGCGUAGAGCAGACGGUCAAGGAGCUGGACUUUGAAACGGCCAUCAUCGUCCGGCCGGCAAUCAUCAUGGGCGACCGGGAGGUGCCGCAUCAGGGCGGGCCGUUCCUCAUCGGCGCGACGAGGGCGCUGGGGAGGUGGUUUGGCCUGGGCGUGCAGGACAGGUUGGGGCAGGAGGCCGACGUCAUUGCGCGAGCGGCAGUGCACGCCGCGAAGAUUGCUGCCGAGGGGAAGGCGCCGUCGAAGUACUGGAUACUGGAGUCGAGCGAGAUUGUGAGGCUCGGCCGGACGGAGUGGAAGGAUUAACCGGGCCUCGGAGGCCUUCACGAUACGAACUGAACCACCGAGUGAUGGAUAGGGGCGUCUCAGAAACUCGAUGCCGUGUAACACUACUUGUACCUGGAAAAACACACGGGGACUAUGGGCGGACUCACCGACAAACCUUAUUUUUUUUUUCAUUGCAAACCCGUUGGUUUCACUCUUCGUACACCGUAUCUGUAAGACCGGACAUCUAGACCGGCCGAUUUAACCCAAAGACCCGGACUGUAACGUCGCUCAUGUGCGAUUGUUAUAGAGAUUCACUCAGUUUGCCGCAUAAGAAGCUUAAAUUCGUCCCAUCUGACGCGCCAGGGAU